GCUGACCUCGGCCGCCUCUGGUCACCGGCCGGCUGGCGGCUGCUGUGUGUCCCUGUCCGGUGUGGCCGCCUGCGUGGCGGGCGCUUGCCCCAGCUGGCGAGAGCCGCCCGAAGAGGCGGCCCCCGAGGACUUCCUGACACCCUUGGUCUGUCCGGACCACCGACCCUGCUCCCGUCCAGUACCCAGGUUGUGGACUUGUGACCAGAGAAAAGUCCUCGAGGGCCGUCUCGGUCACGCGUGGGCACUUGGCCUGUGUGUGCUAUGGUCCGUCACAAAGUCCAGGGUGGGAGUCCUAGGGACCCCCUAUCCCCACGCAGGUACCGCGGGAGGCAGGUGGAAGCCCACGACUGGCCAGGCCAGUGGGCCGGAGAGAACCGCUGGGGACGCAGGGGAGACAACCUUUGAGUGCCUCUCCCAGGAACUGUGACGGUGGCAGAGGGCCUGCCUAGGCCAGAUGGAGGGUCAGAGCCACGCCACCGGGAGGGCCUCUGGCCCCCAGUCCCCUGGCACUAAGACGCAGAUGUGUGUGCCUGGGUGCCUGACCAUGGAGCUGCUGUGUUUGCAAGGAGAGAGAGGGUCCAGGAGAACUCCCCAGCCCAACAGGCAGGCCUGGAGCCUUACUUCGACUUCAUCAUCACCAUUGGGCACUCGAGGCUGAACAAAGAGAAUGACACACUGAAGGCGCUGCUCAGGGCCAACGUGGAGAAGCCUGUGAAGCUGGAGGUGUUCAACAUGAAGACCAUGAAGGUGCGCGAGGUAGAGGUGGUACCCAGCAACAUGUGGGGCGGCCAGGGCCUGCUGGGUGCCAGCGUGCGCUUCUGCAGUUUCCGAAGAGCCAGCGAGCACGUGUGGCAUGUUCUGGAUGUGGAACCCUCCUCUCCCGCCGCUCUUGCGGGCCUGCUCCCCUACACAGACUACGUGGUGGGCUCCGACCAGAUCCUCCAGGAAUCUGAAGACUUCUUCACGCUCAUCGAGUCCCACGAAGGAAAGCCCUUGAAGCUGAUGGUUUAUAAUUGCGAGUCGGACUCCUGCAGGGAGGUGACCGUAACUCCCAAUGCGGCGUGGGGUGGAGAGGGCAGCCUGGGGUGUGGCAUUGGCUACGGGUACCUACACCGGAUCCCAACCCAGGCGCCCAGACACAGGAAACCACCCAGUGCCCCACCACCUGGCACCUUAUCACCUGAACCCCACGUACUUGAUGCCUCACCACCUGGACCCACCCCCCAGGACCUUCCUGUGUCUUCAGACCCAGAGCUGGGUUCCAGGCAGAGUGACUAUACAGAGGCCCUGCUGCAGGCCCCUGACCCCUCCCCGCAGGAUCAGCUUCCUGGGCUUGCAAGUCCCAGCCACAGUGCUCUUGACCUUGGAGGACUUCCUUACCCCAUGGAAACUUCCCUUCAGCCUCCGCCACCACUGCAGCGAGUCAUGGACCCAGGCUUUCUGGAUGUGUCCAGCAUUUCCCUGCUGGACAGCAGCAAUGCCAGCACAUGGCCCAGUCUGCCGCCUCCCUCAGCGUCUGCCGGCACGGCCGGUUCCACCUCAGGGCCAGAGGAUGUCUGUUCUAGCACCAGUUCUCACGAGCGGGGCGGUGAAGCCACGUGGUCUGGGUCAGAGUUUGAAGUGUCCUUCCCAGACAGCCCUGGGGCCCAGGCCCAGGCCGACCACCUGCCCCGGCUGAGCCUUCCCGACAGCCUCACCUCUGCAGCGUCCCCAGAAGAUGGGCUGUCUGCUGAACUGCUCGAAGCUCAGGCUGAGGACGAGCCGGCACACAGUGAGGGUACCGACACCCAGGUGGAGGCUGAGGAGCCGGUUGGCCAGGCCCACCCCUCCACCCCGGAUGCAUACCCUGGGCUGUGAUGGGCUCUGUGACACCUCGAGGGCAGGCAGCCCCACUGUGUGGCCAAUCCAUCCCUGUGCAGCCUUCCCCGGGCCAGGUCACUGCUCCUAGUGCCAGGCAGGGAGAGCUGGCAGUGGGCUUGUGUGUCUGCUCAGACCUUCCUCCAGGCAACAGGAGAUGGCUCCCAGCACUCA